ACACACUUUGAGAAUCCCAAGUCUCCGGUGUGUAGCUGGCCAGUAUCUAAUAAAGGUCCAGAACAUCAGGAGACUCCACGGAGAUCCAGGCGUUCAGCCCGAUUCACGUUCUUUGCUGAUCAGCCUUGAUCCCAGGGCUUUCGGUGUACUGAGAGCCAAGACUUUUCUCAAGCCGAAGGAGCCACCAGCCCUCAGCACCUAGAUUCCACUGAGGAGUCUGGUCUUCUGGAAGCUGAGAACAUUUGGAUAAACCUAACAUUUAGAGGUGGCCGUCGACAGGUUCUCCAUGCCUGGAUUGUAGAAGAGUGGCAUCGGGAGCCCUCUCAGAGGCUCAUCAGCUGACUCAGGACACUGUGACCUCUUCAGUUAAGGCUGCUUUCAGAGGUCCACUGCUUUAAUGCAUCCUUCCCAGGAUCAAGAGACACUGAGCUGAGACGCUGGGACCCUGCUAGACGAGACCACCACAUCAUCCUGACCACCCCUGUGCUGUCAAAGUAGACGGAGUCUGCACCUGGAUACAUCACUCUCAGAUCAAGUGUGCCACUGGGAACAAGAUCUAGUUAAAGAAAAGUGGACUGUCACCAAAACUUGCAAAGAUCCACUAAAAAUAAGGGUACCAUGGGUUUUAACCUAAGGAUGCUGUUUUGUCUGGCUAUAUUUCCUUAUGUUCUUUCCUCGAAUCUAAUUUCAAAACCCCAAGGUUCUCAGGGUCCUAAACAGACCAGACCAUCCCCUAAGGCAUGGAAGUUCCAGGUAAUUGCCAUAGAAAAUCAGAACAAGACCAUAGCCUCUACCUUCUGUCUGGUGACAGGAUGUGCUAGUACUAUAAGCCUCACCUUUGAUAUAAGGGACACCUGCCAAGGGAAAUGUAUACAUGAACCCUACAAUGCUAUGACCUCUCCUAUAUAUAUUUGUUUCGUAUAUGAGCAAACUCGCUCAGACUGUAAGGACCCAAAUUAUGGAGGAUGUCCACACUGGGGCUGCAAAUAUCAUAGUACUUGGCCCAGAUGGGGAGGAGAAAGGCCAUCCAGACUCAACUCGGUUGAUUGGCAUACUAAGGUCAUGUAUUCGAUCCCUGACCCCUGGAAUGACAGAUGGAGAAUAGGGGUUGAGGGUCAUAUCUACAGACAUAAUGAGAGGGAUACAGGCUAUGACAAGAAGACUAAGAUACUCAUCUUUAGAGGUUUAGACAGAUUUCCAUCUCCAAAUUCCUCGGGUUGAAUGCUAUAACCAAACCAGGUGCUAUACCCGCUCCUGGCCCUGAUGGUGAGGUCACUGGCUGACAUCACUUUGUAUUACCACCACCUUUCUCUCUCGCUUCCUACUAACCCUACUUCUCUGACCGCCUUUGAGUUGCUAAUGGCAUGUUGAUAUCCGUAUACUUGCUCAUGAAUGUUUCUAACCCAAGUGCUAUGCCUGAUCGUUGGUCCUGAACCCUACAAAACUCUCGCACUGUGUAGGACUCACUGUAUACUAGAAGCUCAUUCGGCCACUCCCUUUGCCAGUUGUUCAUGGGUGUAUCUUUCCACUCAAGCAUCAAAUCUCUUCACAUAGGCCAAAUCCAAGUUGGGGGGACCUGUUUCUCCUCAAAGAGCUAUGAUGUAUCUAAAUCCCCCUUUAAGAAUAAAUGAAGGCUCUCCAUAAACAUUUCUCAGUUCCUCGCAACACUUUGUCAAGUGCUCCUCCCUCCCUCUCUUCUUUCCUCCCUCCCUUUCUCCUUUCCUCCCUCCCUCUCUUCUUUCCUCCCUCCCUCCUUUGCUUCCUUCCUUCCUUCCUUCUUUCCUUCCUCCCUCCAUCAUUUCCUCCCCCUUUCCUCCCUCCUUUGCCUCCUUCCUUCCUUCCUUCCUUCCUUCCUUCCUUCCUUCCUUCCUUCCUUCCUUCCUUCCUUCUUUCCUUCCUCCCUCCAUCAUUUCCUCCCCCCUUUCUCCUUCCUUUGCCUCCUUCCUUCCUUCCUUCCUUCCUUCCUUCCUUCCUUCCUUCCUUCUUUCCUUCCUCCCUCCAUCAUUUCCUCCUCCCUUUCUCCCUCCUUUGCCUCCUUGCUUCCUUCCUUCCUUCCUUUUUUCCUUCCUCCCUCCAUCAUUUCCUCCCCCCUUUCCUCCCUCCUUUGCCUCCUUCCUUCCUUCCUUCCUUCCUUCCUUCCUUCCUUCCUUCCUUCCUUCCUUCCCCACCCAGCAGAAACUGGCUCCCCAGUACUGAUGACAUGUACCCAUGCUUGCCUAUCUGGCAUAUGCACAAGCCCCCGAAUUCUGUACCUUGGUAUUCCUGUUCCCCUGAAGAUGUAUUUAUGAUGACGGUCCAGCAGGAAAGAGUACUUGUAUUCACAGACCCUGCCAAUCCCCUCAGUCCAGGAUAAAAAAGCCAACUGUGCAAUUCACCUCCUCAUAGCUCGCUUAAUCCCCUCAGGGUUAGUAAGGCAGGAGCUGCUAGUGGUACCACAGGAACAGCAAUGGCUGACAUUAACUUCAAAACCAUAGAACAUCAAACAACCCCAAGAUCUGCCCGCAUUAGAAAAAUCUAUUGCCAAGCUAGAAAAGCAGGUGGAGUCAUUAGCUGAGGUGGUUCCAUGCAGAGCAAGGAGGGCUUUAGGGGAGAAUUGUUGCUCAUAGGCAAACCACUCAGGAACCAUUAAAGAUAGCUUGGCUAUGCUCUGGAAAAACUUUGCAGAAAGGGGGAAACAAAUGGUUCCUGUUCUCAUGCUGAGGCUCCUCCUGGCUCAGUCCCUCCAGGUAACUCUGCCAUCAGCUACACUUCCCUCUCCUGUUUCUGCUGAUUGCUGUUGGACCCUGCAUCAGUAAUGCCUUAACCAGAUACAUAAAUUCACACUUCAGUGCUACUAAAGUAAUGGUUAUUUUGUCCCAACAUGAACAGGCACCCACCACCAAGUCAAGGGUUUGACUCAGAACUCAACCCCAGGGGAGAAUGUGACAAUGAUUAACACUGUGUUUAAAAUCCAUAAAUGGCUGUGCUGUUCUAGCUUGUGAGUUUUUGUAAAGUGUACCUUGUCAGCUAACUUACCCAAGAUGGAUGAGUUCUUGGAAUAGUUGGGCUAUUUUCAAAACUGCCCGAUCGAGUAAAAAUGUUGAACGAUUAUGCUGUUCUGACAAGAUAAUGGUCACAAGGUUAACCAUGGGUUCUGCUUCUGUCUGAAAAAUGCUUGCUUGAUCAAGAUAAUUAAGGUGUCUGCAAGCUAUCUGUUAUAAACAUUAAGCUCUGCUUGCAUGUAGGCAGGGAUGUGAUAACUCAUCCCUCAAACUGUAACCUGGUUGGUUUUGUCUUUACAAAUCCCAGACUAACAAUAGCUGGUGACACACUUUGAGAAUCCCGAGUCUCAGCUGUGGCCCUGACCAGUAUCUAAUAAAGCCUCUUUGUUAAAAUCCA